UGCUUGUUCGUAGAUUAGCAAUUAAUUGAUAAACCAAAAACGUUUUGUGUGUGUUUAUACAUCCUAUAGUUAUAAAAUUAUAAUUUAUUCACUACUUACACUAAGCACUAGGUACACCUAUGUUGUUAUUGUUGUUUAUUGCUCGAUUGGCAUUUGUGAAAUUAACAUCGACAAACGGUACAUCCAAUCAAGGUGAACUCAAAUUUGUUAAAAUUAAACCGAAAAUUCGACGAAAACCCUUCCACAGCUACAAUGUCGGACCGGAACCCAUUUACAUCACCUGCCCGAGUUGCCGAAAUGCCGGAGCCACCCGCGUGGAGUUCAUCCCCACCACGAAAACGAUACUAUUGGUUAUGGCGUUAACUUUAUUUUGCAUGUGUUGGUUACCGAUGUGGCUAAGAUACACGAAAAUCGCCAGGCAUACUUGCCGAACAUGCGGAAUAUUCAUUGGUGAUAGUGAAACUUGAAAGUAUUGUACGUGUGGGUAAACGUAGAACGGAAUAUUAGGCACGGUGAAUACCAGGAAACAUUAUCAAAACGAUGAUCAAUCAACGCUCUCAUAGGAACGUGUUCUAUUAAAAUCCGGAAUAAUUUCGAUAGAGCCACGAUGCCGUGUCAACUAAUCCCAUGAGUGAAUAGAGAUGCUCGAGAAUGCGCUAAAAUAGUUUGUUAUGACGUAAUUUGUGUUCCAAUGACAGUAGACUUAUUAUCUUCAUUUUAACUUUGAAAGCUGCGUUAAAUCAACGGUUAAGUUGAUUGGUCUGAUCAGAACUGAAAAAUUUAAUAAAGUACCUAAGGCGUUCGGGAACGGAAAAAGUUAAAAUAAAAGUUCCUUCUUGACCGUUCGGAGAUCGUGGAGUGGAGUGUGGAUCAGGCAUGCGCAUAAGGUGAUUUAAAUCGAUAAUAAGAUAAUUGUGACUGAUUCUUAAGUAAAAAUGCUUUUUAUUUGGUUCCCGUUCAUACCAUUAAUAUGGAAGAAACUUAUACGAUUGUUACUGAUAAGUACUAUUAGGUUUUAAGCAGAGAUAAGGGAGAUAAAGAUAGGAAACGCUCAUAAGAAGACAAUGCUUAACAACGACCAACUUUUACGCAGUUAACAUCUGACCCACUAUGUGGCGCUUUCAUCGAUAUCAAACAAUGCAGCGGGAAAUUUAAAAACCUGAUAAUAAAGGUUGCAUAAAUAUCGACUGCAAUCUCAUGUUCUUUUAAAUAAAUUUAAUCAAUGUAAUUAAGCUAAAUUAUUUAUAAUAAAGAAUACUACAGUUACAGUCUAUUCAUGACAAAAAUUGUUUAAUUUCUACGAUCGUUAUUUGUAACAUUUAAUUUUUGUUCUUAUUUUCCAAACGAAUGACCAAUAGUAUCUUAUAAUUAUUUAGAAAUGUUGAGUGCAAACUCAAUAAUGGGAACUCUGAUAUUUUUCUUCCUAUAUCAAAUCUUUCUAACGUUUUGAAGCCAUUUUCUUGUACUAAAACAAUAAAUAUUAAAUAAAUACCUACUUUGUGAGAAGAGUUGGUUAAUAUUUGUGUUACUUACAUGACUAGAUCUCAUUUUGGUUAAUUAAAGAACGCCACGCUGGUGUUGUUAAAUUUAUUCGUGUGGCUUGUGUUACUAAUGCAAUACGUUCUCCGACUUAUUGUAAUAUUACAAAAUAUAAUUAUUGUCCUCAAAUUUCACACAAAAACAGCCACUACCAUUUCGAUUAGUUCAUCUAGAGGAUAACACCAAUCAUUAACUCAAAAUUUAAAAUUUAAUUUCAGGAUUCUUCGAAAUCACAUACUUUUGAUUACUAUACGAGGCAAGAGAGAGGUCCGACACGCCCAACAUAGGGCGCGGCCAUUUUGAACCCUGUGACACAGUUUACAGCCGAAGAAUCAGAUCGCUCACUCUGCGUCGGCACUUUUGAUCUCAAUGUCACUGUGCAACUCGGAUAAUACAAUAUAUGACAACCGCCUAUAAUAAAACAGCAGUCUUCUGCGUAUCCUGAAUUUGUAUCCCUGGAGUGGAUGUUAUCAAAAUAUCAGGUGCGUUUUAAUCAUCCGCUUCUGCUUCCGGAAUUGUCAGUUUAGUCGUUUUAACCUGUCAGAUUAAAAUAAGAAAACCGACAAUUCCGAAGCAGAAGCGGAUGAUUAAAACGCACCUAUUAAAAAUAUUGCGCCAAGAUGUAGGCAACACGUAAUAAGGGAUCAAAAUGGCGGAGUUUUCUAUCUCCUUUUAAAAGGCACUCAGAAAGCUGCGCAGUGCGACCAUUCUCCGUAUAGUAAAAGAAAAUCAAAGUAUGUGUUCGAAAUCACAUACUUUGAUUUUCUUUUACUAUACGGAGAAUGGUCGCACUGCGCAGCUUUCUGAGUGCCUUUUAAAAGAAGAUAGAAAACUCCGCCAUUUUGAUCCCCCUAAUUACGUGUUGCCUACAUCUUGGCGCAAUAUUUUUAAUAGGUGCGUUUUAAUCAUCCGCUUCUGCUUCGGAAUUGUCAGUUUUCUUGCUUUAAUCUGACAGGUUAAAACGACUAAACCGACAAUUCCGGAAGCAGAAGCGGAUGAUUAAAACGCACCUGAUAUUUUGCUUGCUGCUGUCAGUGUCAGUGAAUAUUAUUUUUGAAGUCACAGUUUAUUGCUAAAGAAUCAGUUAGCUCACUCGGACCAGUUGAAAGUUCCAAAAUAACAUCCACUCCAGGGAUACAAAUUCAA